CCCCCUACCGGCCUCUGAAGAGCCAAGCUCUUUUCAAGAGCAAAACACUCUCCCCGUGAAGGACGCCGAAGGUCGCAUCCUCUUCUCCUCUUGUCAUUCUCGAGUUCCAUAAGCAGAGGGAAGGUACACCUAUGCUCAAAAGAAAACGGAUGAUUACCACCUGCAGUCUGUCCAGUUGUAGGAUCAAAGCCGAAGCCCUGGCCCGUGUGUUUAAUAGUCGGAUAUGGCCCUGCACGUGGGUCGAUCGGAGAAGGGCAGAGGACAGCGCGGAGGAGGAUGAGGAGUAUUUCGAGGCAUCCCCCAUCGAAGAUGAGAACGAGCAAAGGGGUCGGGAUUCCUCAGCUGCCACAGUGGAAGGUCGGGCCAAACUUUACGAACUCCUGCAACAGCACGCGAACGAUGACGCAACAGAAGUUUUCUAUGACGUCAGCGACCACGUUGAAAGUGACGCUGGAAAUGUCAGUCAGAGUGUUGUUGAAGAAAACGGUUUUGAAGAAAUAGAAUUGCGAGAUUCCCAUGCCGGAAUUUCUGAAAUUAAUGCAACAGGUGAUGUGAUAAGUUCCGGCGAACUCGUGAGAAACGGCGAGUGUAAGAUAAUGCCGAUCGAUUCCGCGUCCGAAAAUUCCUCAGCGGCAGUUGUAAAGAGAAGUUAUUUUGAUGACAGCGAGUUCGACGGCGUGAUUAGAGAGGAACCCAAAACUUCCUCUUUUGAGAAAGAGGUACUAGCCGGUACAUGGGAUUCAGGCUCCCUUGGACCGAAUCGAAUUGAAAUAUAUCCCAAAUAUUUAAACGGUUUCUUAAAUGAUGAAAACAUAAACAAAGAAAUUGAAGUUUCUCAAGACACAAAUGAUACUUUUAUUGAUAAUGACAAACAAGAGACAGACAUUAAUUUAAACAAAGAACAAACAGAUUUAAUUUCUGUGACAGAAAAAGAAAAAUAUAAUGCUUUUGAUUUCGAGAAUGAAGAAAUAUUAACAGUAUCAAUAGAUUCCGGAUCAUGCACUAUCAAUCAAACUGAAGUCCAUGAUGACAAAGCUAUUAAUGCUCUCAAUAAAGCCAACAUCGUCAGUGAUCAAAAUGGUUCCCAAAUCUUUGACACUACAAAUGAUCAAGAGACUGAAAGUGAAUCUCAAAAUAUUGAUACCACAAUUGAAAACGACACUGAAAUCGAUUUUCGAAACUUUGACGCCACAAUUGAAAAAGAGAGUGGAAUCGAUUCUUGUAACUUCGACACCACAAUCGAGAAAGAGACUGAAAGCGAUUCUCGAAACUCUGACACCACAACUGAAAAAGAGAUAGAAAUCGACACUAAAGGAAGUGAAAAUUCAAUUUCUAUUGAAGUAAUUAGUUCAUCACCACCAGGAAAAGAUAGAGAAACCAACAGCAAUGAAAAUAUUUCUAAAGUUGAUACAGAUAUACAAGAAAAUUGUCGACUCCAUGUUUUCGCUGGGGCAAGGCCGGCAAUAUCCAGAAGUACAUCUCUAAAAACAGGGAAAACUCCCCCUGGCACACCCAGUAGGAAAAAAAUUGUUCGAUUUGCUGAUGUUCUAGGUUUAGAUUUAGAAGACGUUCGUCAUAUAAUCAGUGGUGACUUACCUAAUGUACCGUCCUCAGCUUUCAGUGAUUUGGUUUUACCAGAUGAAGAUCUUCCAACAAAAUGUACUCCAUCAGCAACAUUAGAAUUAACAGGAAUACCGCAAGGUUCGUGGGAAAAUAUCCAACAAGGUGCUGUAGGUCUAAAUACCAUUUAUCCCCUUUUUGAUAUUCCAGGUCAGCAACACGAUUUUAUAGACAGAGUCCGAAACAAUGGUAUUUGUCUCGAAAAUGUCAUAAUCUCGGACUUCAACGUGCAGUGCACAUGUCGAGUCAUGAACUGGGGCUUCACCAAGAAAGUUAUUGCAAGAUACUCAAUGGAUAACUGGAAUUCCUCUCAAGAUAUUAAUGCUUCAUACGUUUCGGAUUCUUCCAGAGACGGAAUGGACAGUUUCGCCUUCAACAUUUUCCUCUCCCAGCAACGCCGUAAUGUGGAAUUCGCCUUGUGUUACACUGUGAAUGGCAGGGAUUAUUGGGACAAUAAUAGUGGGAAAAAUUACUGCCUGGGUUACCAUAGCAACGACAGUAUCGGAAAUUCUUCCGUUCCCACCAGUCCGACUUGGAUACAUCAGUUCUGAGCAUCAGGAAGAUGUCACAAAAUGAUGGAAAUAUUUUUGUAAAGAAAUCACUGUCCUCUGCUUUUGUGAAACAAAUGAUCAAAAGUAAGGAAGUGAAUGGAAUUCAAAAGUGUGCAGUGUUUUUCCCAUUUUUUUUAGAACUAACACUUACACCUACAUAAAAAUUCUUUUAACAAAAUUGCAUGUUUAAAACAAAACUAAGAAAAAUAGAUUUGGUAUAUAGUGUAAUAAGUUAGAACACAUCCAGUACCAUCAAGUACUGGAUGUGUACUUACUGGUACUGUACUCCAGUACCAGUAAGUUUAUAAAGUUUAAGGAAAAAAAGUUAAGAUAGAGAAAAAGAAAAUACCAAUAUUAUUAUUAUUUUAAUUGAAAAAUCAUCAAUUCAAUGUAAUCAACAAUUUCUGCAAAAAUAAUUUCUACAGAUAAAGAACUGUGUAUACUUGGAAAUAUAAAGCAAUCUUUCAUAUCAAACAGUUUUUAUUCUUCUGUUAAUUGGUUUCUGUUAUAAUAGAUAUAGAGUUAUAAUUGGUUGACAUCACAGAAUCCAAAUUUUUCCAGUACAUGCAGUAAAAUAUUUCAGUUACAUUUUUUUGUAAGUAAUGCUAUUUAUUAUUAAGCUAAAUAAA